AUGAUGACAGAUAAUAGCCGACUUUUCAAAUUCUCAUUACCAUUCCAAAUGAAUCAUCAUUCACUUCGUUCAACAACAAUGUACGCCUCCGGAGUGUUGUAUUCAUUGGGACUUUGGCAGAUGAUAGACGCUUCAAUUUUCAGUAAAACAAUCAAUGCCAGCACUGUCCAUAUAUCACUACUUGAUUGGGUUCCUUUUAUAUGUUCAACCUUUGGAAUGAUUGUGGUCAAUUCCUUGGAUAAGGUACAAUUGAUUAAUGGUAACGGUGGUGGAUUUGAUAGCGGAUUGAAUUCAAUACAGUGGCAAGCAAGAGUUGUGUUGUUUGUUGGAUUCAGCUUAUUGGCUUUGGGAUUUAGUGGUUCCAUUCUCGUUUUGAUUUUGAAGUUUGUUGUGAAGGGUUACACAGAAGGUCCUACAAUCAACAUGGGCACAGAAAAUGUAUUUGCCAAUCUAUGUGUUUUAGCAAGUUGCACGAUUCUCUGGAUUGUAUCUACUAUCGAAGAGGAUAACUCAUUAUCUUUAUAA